CUCAACAUCAGGCUACCACAUCGUAACAAAGCCCUCAACAUGAAGAUGCACUUUAACCCACUCUAUGACAGAAGCAUAACAUGAAGUGGUGUCACCCAAAUAGGCACUUCCCUUAGAUUCCCUAUACUUCCAUCCCACUGUCCUCCACGACCAUGUCGUCGGUUGCAACCCAGUACAUUCGCGAGGUCCUGCACUCUACCGACGCGCCUCCCGCCAUUCCCGUGCGAUACUUCUAUACAUCCCCACUCGCUAUAGACGAUCCACUCUCGCCCCUGCCGCCGCCCGCAACAGGCUCCUCAACCACGCGUAGGCAGCCACCGAGGCCAUUCUCAGAGUACGACAACGAGGCGAUAAACGAAACAUGGCUAGAUCUGCGCAAGAAGAUCCUAAAGCAUAAUGAAGCGCUCGGCGAGAAGAGGAGGAGCGUGGACGGGCCACCCACGCCCACCACGGGCACGCCUACAUACCCCGCCGUUAUGCGGUUGAAGCGGAAACGGGGCGAAAGCGCAUCAGGCGAAGAGCGACUGGGAGCUCCGCAAGGAAAGGAUAUACCGUCUGUCCGUGCCUCGAGCAUGGCCAGAUACUCACGCUCUGCGGAUGUGGGUGAGGACAACAGCCCGAGCUCGAGCAGCGGACCGCAAGCAGCUACACUGCCCGGCUCAAUGCGAGCGCUUGCACUGGAUCCCAACGAUGGCUCACCGCGGGCCGAGUCCGCGACGACUGGCAUGCCCUUCACCCGGCUGCCUGCACGCGGGAAUCCAUCGAGUGCACAGGCUCCUGGUUCACUGGGGGAACACAGGCCUCCAGCGCCGCAGGUGACAGAUAGUUACAACUGGGAUGAGGAGAUGGAGCCUGCCUUACCCGGCAUCAAGGACAAGGGUACGAGCCGCAGGCCGCAGAAGCCAGGGCCAGGUCCAUCGGCAAAGGUACCAGUUGGCGUGUCACGGCUGCAUCACGUUGCCAUGGACGCCGAGUCAAUACGCAUGGAACCCACGUACUGGGAGCCCGUCAACGAUAUCGCCCAGGUACUGCGAGGGACAUGGUUCUACAAAGACACGAUGAUGCCGGUAGAAGUGGAUGUCGCGAACAUGCUGGAAGCUGGGUACUUGGAAUUGAGACCAUGGACGGAGACGUGGAAGGAUGAGCUCAAUAGCGCUAUUGAAGUGGGUGCUUUGGGCGAGAUGAAGAUACUACACAAACUAUGGCCCGAGAAGCACAAACAAGUUGACAGUCGACCGUCUACGGCUAACCAAAUGCUGCCUACGCCAGGCCUGACGCAGAGCACUAUGCCUGAGGAAACUCCAGAUGCUGAGAAGGAACGCCGCGCCAUGUUGGAGCACGUGUGUGACAUGAUUGACAUCUCUACAGGUCCUCAAGGUCCAGAUAAUAAAGCGGCGGGUGACACUGAAUACGGCCGCGGUGGACGCAAGAACGUAUACCGCUCUGCUGGUGUCAUGUACGCAUCCGAGACGGAGGCUUAUAUCUUGAAGCCAGCGCUUCAACCUUCGAAUUACUAUGGCAGACGACCGCUGGCGAACUACAUCCGCAAAGGAAGGCCUAUAGGUAUUCAUGUCGUACGCGGAUUUGACCAGGCCGCAUGGAACAAAUUGUAUCCUCCCAAGAAGUCGGCAACAUCUCAACAGGCUAAGCACGGGGUUUCGAGUUCCCAGUCUGGUGCUCCGCCCUUUCAACGGCAGAGAUCCGAUCCAGCUCUCGCGCUGUCGGAUCGGCCACAGGUUACGGAUCUAGUACUUGUCAUACACGGUAUUGGGCAGAAGCUAUCGGAACGAAUGGAGACGUUUCAUUUUACACAUGCUAUCAACGCAUUCAGGAGAGAAGUGAACGUCGAACUAGGGGAUAGCGACGUGAAGAGGCAUUUGCGAAAGGACAUGGGCGGAUGUAUGAUACUGCCGGUCAACUGGCGCCUCCGCAUCUCGCUCGAGGCCGAAGCAACUGGUCCUGCUCAGGCCGAGGACCCCGCCGUUAAUAAAUAUAACCUCAAGGAUAUCACGCCAAAUACGCUUACUUCGGUCCGUGGUAUCGUGUCGGAUGUCAUGUUAGACGUGCCGUACUAUCUAUCCCAGGAACACCACCCCAAGAUGGUGUCAGCCUGCAUCCAAGAAGCGAACCGCAUCUACCGGCUCUGGUGCCAGAACAACCCAGGCUUCUCCGAAUGGGGCCGUGUCCACAUCAUAGCGCACUCCCUCGGCUCCGUCAUGGCGAUGGACAUUCUCUCAGAUCAGCCCACCGUCGUCGACCCACGCUUCGCCGACCCCGCCUGUCCCGAAUCCGAGAUCCCCAAAGACUCCUUCAUCUUCAACACGACCAACCUCUUCGUCUGCGGUAGCCCCGUCGGCUUCUUCCUCCUUCUCCGCAACGCGACUCUCCUCCCGCGCGCAGACAAGCACAAGCCCGGUGCAGAUAGCUACGCGACGCCGGGCGUGGGAGGCGCACAGGGCACAUACGGCUGCAUUGCUGUGGACAACAUCUAUAAUAUCGUCAAUGGCUACGACCCCGUCGCGUACACGCUCAAUGCUGCCGUCGACGCCGCCUACGCCGCCACCCUGCGCCCCACCACCAUCCCCAGCGCUACGUCCUCACUCUUCGCCUUCUCCAACCCGUUCCGCACGCGUGCAGACCCGCACAACGGCCCCUCGGGUGCAGACCGCCCGUCCACGCUCCGCCUCCCGUCAAACGUCGAGCUGGAGACGCACGACUUUUCGCGAGAAGACAUUGCCGAGAAGCGCGCGUAUGCACUCAACGAUAAUGGGCAGAUUGACUUUUACCUCAAAUACGGCGGUGGUGCGCUGAGUAUCGAGUAUAUCACUAUGCUGGGGGCGCAUAGUAGUUAUUGGGUGCACAGGGAUUUCGUGAGGUUUGUGGUUUGUGAGGUUGGGAGGGGGGUGGGCAGGGGCGGGACGUUGAGGGGGGUUAGGGCGGUGAAGAGGAAGGGGCUGGGCGUGGAGAGAGUGUAG